AUGCUGCCCCGCCUCGGCCCGCCCCCUGCUACUAUAACGUCUCUGUUCCGCAGGCAUUAUGGCACAUUGAACUGUUUUCCACGAAAGCCUUUAAACCAGGUGCCCUCAGAUGCAGUACGCGCAUCACACAGCAGCAAGCAGCAGAUACACUUUCUCCGAUUCACAUUUGGCUUUUUUUAACCGGCUGUUGCACUAAAACGUGUUCAUGUUUUCCACAAUGGUCGCCAAGUUGACAUCGCUGCAGCAGGAGCUCCUGAGCGCUUUGCUGGAAUCCGGAGUCACCAAAGACGUCCUGAUCCAAGCCCUGGACGACCUGGACCCCAGCCCGUCCGGCCUCAAACACGAGCAAUCACUGAUGUCACCGACUAGCGCAGCGACGAACGGCAGCGGGUCGGAUUCAAAGAACGCGUUUCGGGCGCUGGCAAACGGGCACGGCAAAAGUGGCAAGUGCUCCGGAGAUGAGGGCUCCGAAGACGGCGACGAUUUCGACACGCCGCCUAUUCUGCGGGAACUGCAGUCCCUCAACACGGAAGAAGCGGCUGAACAGAGGGCUGAAGUUGACCGAAUGCUGGCCGAGGACCCGUGGCAUGCGGCCCGCACCAUCAAGAGCUACAUGCAGCAGCACAACAUCCCGCAGCGGGAGGUGGUGGACGUGACACGGCUCAACCAGUCCCACCUGUCGCAGCACCUGAACAAGGGCACACCCAUGAAGACGAGCAAGCGGGCAGCCCUCUACACCUGGUACGUCAGGAAACAACGGGAGAUCCUCCGACAAUUCGACCACGUGCAGAGUUCAGAAGGCACUGACCCAGACAAGGCCAGUGAGGAUCCAGUGCUGUUUCUCUUGUCAGAGUUCGGCGACCCCGGACAGGACUUAAUGCGGCCUGCCGGAGGGGCGGGGACUGGCUCCGAGCCCGUCAGCAAGAGGAUGAGGCGCAACCGCUUCAAGUGGGGGCCGGCCUCCCAGGACAUCCUGUACCAGGCCUACGAGCGGCAGAAGAACCCCAGCAAAGAGGAGCGGGAGGCGCUGGUGGAGGAGUGCAACAGGGCAGAGUGUGUGCAGAGAGGGGUGUCUCCUUCUAAGGCUCAUGGCCUCGGCUCCAACCUGGUGACCGAGGUGCGCGUCUACAACUGGUUCGCUAACCGCCGCAAGGAAGAGGCCUUCCGGCAAAAGUUGGCCAUGGAUAGCUACCCUACACACAGCCUCAACUCCCUGCCCUCGCAGACUGGUGUCUCCCCUGCUGGAAAGAUGCCAGAUGUCCGAUACACUCAUCAAGGAGCCGGUGAGGUCACUUCCUCCACGACAGUCGGUCACCACGGCAACGGUGGAAUGCCCAGCACUCAGGCGUUGCUGCAGCAGGUGUCCCCCGGUGGCCUGGACCACGGCCUGCUGUCACCUGGUCCAAAGAUGAUAUCUGUAUCAGGAGGAGUACUGCCCCCUGUCAGCACCCUGACCAACAUCCACGGCCUGUCCCCCUCCCUGCCUCACAGUUCUCAGCAGCAUCACACCCAGACCCAGAGCCUGAUCAUGACCAUAGCACAGAGUCUGAACCCAUCGCAGGGAGUACCGGUCAUCAACAGUGUAGCGGGGAGUCUGACUGCGCUGACUGCGCAGCCGGUGCAGUUCCCUCAGCAGCCGCUGCACAGCAGCCACCUGUCGGCCCCACCCUUGCAGGCACCGGGUCACAUGGGUCAGCAGCCCUUCAUGACUGGUGUCACGCACACACAUAUGUACUCCCACAAGCAGGAGCCGCCCCAAUACAGUCACUCCCCCCGCUUCCCCUCCGCCAUGGUGGUGACGGACACCAGCAGCAUUGGACAUCUCAGCUCCAUGAGUUCCAGCAAACAGUGCCCUCUGCAAGCAUGGUGAGCACGUGCAUCCGAGUUUCCGGUCGCCUGGCAACAGGGUCCUGCUGUUCCACUCUGUCACCAUGGUAACCUCAGAAGCUGCCCACCUGGGGGUGUGGCCUGUCAGCCAAUUUGCCCCGUCUGUGGCUUGUUGCCUAAGUCGUGGAGGAUGGCAAGAGUAGGAUUCCCAAAGCGAAUGGCCUUUUUUGGCAGGAAAAUGGACAAAAACCGAACUAUACAGCUGUUGUCCUUGCAUAGACAUUCAAAAACAAGCAGACUGGAGAGCAACAGUCUACAGAGUGAGAAUGGACCUGCAAUCCCACACCCACAGGCCACUAAAGACGAAUUGUUUUGUAUAGAAUUGUUCUGGAAGUAAAUGUGAUGCUUUAUAGCAUUUUUAUGACAUAGAGGUGAGAGCGCUUUAUAAGAGCGUUGCUACGGCAGCACACCCUGCUUCCGGCAUGUGGAUAGUUUGGACUCUCAUGAUCCUCAACCUCAACUGUCUGCCUGUUAACAUAUAUAUUUUUUUUUUAUUAAAAUAUUUAGCUGAAGGCCACAAAAUGAAUUUCAGUUGAAUUUGGAGCUCACUGGAGGUCAGUGUGUGUACUGUGGAGUCUUCCUCACACAAUGAACGGGAGCAGAUGAAGACUAAAGACUUUUACACGUUUUUUAAAGGCUGUCCUGUCGUUGAAAUGCUGUUCUGUAGGAUGCCGCAAAGCAGCCGCCCGUCCCAGAGGAUUAUGGGAUAGCCCCACCGCCUUGCCUUGCGUUUACGCUGCCAUUCCGAAUGACGGAAUCACAGUUCCUACAGGAGAAGAUGUGACAAAAUAAUCUCUUAUGUAAAUGAAUCUUUAUUAAAACCCAUAUUUAUACCGUAAGAAAGCUGACUGUUGAAGUAAAUGUUUUUUUUUUUUUUUGUGAAAAGGUGAUCCUGCGUUUCCAUUGACAACUGGGAUACUAAGUCCAGCGGCAGACAUUUCAGGUCCAGAA